AUGCCGACUUCCCCAACGACUCCACAAGAAGAGGAAUCUCCCACUGAAGCAGCACCGUUAGAACCCUCGGAACCCUCUCCGAACCACCGAGAGGCAGAGCCCAUGGAUGUUAACCCUAUUGCGGCCUAUUAUGAUUCUGAUCCACAAGAAGAGGGAGGAAGUGCAGCUGAGGAGACGCUGGUCACAGAAACCGUCCAUCAUGAAGUGGCUAGGGGAGAAAUAGAUCUGAAUGAGACGGCCAAGAAGCAGGGCCUGAUGACGGAUGACGAAUUUCAGGCGAUUAUGGAUGGAGUGAACCAAAGAGCAGAAAGCACUGCCUCGAUGGCCGAGGAUCUGAACCUCGCUUCGAGGGCAGUAGGAGAGAGCGAAGAGACAGGGGUAGUACGUGUAACAGAAGGCCCAGCCUACCAGCCUGGAGACCGAGAAGACGAAAGCCAAGCUGGGGACGAUGAGAUGCAAGUAGAGGAGGAAGAUCCAGUAACAGAAAUCCAAGAACCAGCACCAGCGGCGCCUCCUGUCAUGAAACUGAAAACAGUCAAGAGGCAGUUGAUUUUGAAGAGCGAUCCAGCGGCAGAGCGGCAGAAAGCAACACGGGUGUCUCAGAGAUGCCUGGGUAAAUGGGCAGCAAGUAAAGCCAAGGCAAACACGGCAGAGAAUCCGGUGGAAAUUGUAAGCGAAGAGGAAAAGGACACUCCCAAAACGUCUGGGGAUGAGCCUAUACAUGCUACUGGCUUAGAAGAUACCGCGGUUUCUCCAGCACAGAGCAAGCAAUGCGAAGAAACUGAAAGGGUUGCUGAGGGUCUGGACCUCGCACCCGAGUCAGUAGGGCCUGAUGGAUCUGAGAAAAUCGAUGCUCGUGUCCACGGAGAGACCACUUCUACUGCCCAAGAUAUGUCUCUACUUCAAGCGGAGGAGGAAGCCAGAUACCAACAAGCCAGAAAGAGGAAAGGGAAGGCCCCGAUUCAAAGAAAGUCGGUAACCAAGAAGUCCCGAGUGGUGAACACUGGAAUAGCCAUCACUGAAGCUGCUCGGAGAAUACCACCGAACCGACAGGAAUUGAGCGACAGUGAGUAUGCGGCCAGCGAGGAAUCAGCCUCCGACAGUGAUAUCUCUUUGGAGGAUGAAGAGCACGGGGAACAACUACUUUCGGACGAUCAUCGCGAACUUGUACAUCCCCCAAUAGAGAGGUUAAGAUACCAUCGGUGGACAGUGGACUUUACUGACGAGAUAGCAGAGGAGAUGAAGCUUUUUGAAACCAAGAAACUGCAGGAUAUUUUUGACAGCAUGGAUGAUGGAAAAAGGACGUCAAGUGCGGGAAGGUAA